AUGCCGACGGUUGACGAUGUGAUCGUUAACUCAGGCAAGAUGGAAGAAGACGGUGGCAGUUGGGAUCUUGGGACCACGCGCGUGGAGCUUGAUGGCCACUCGUCAGGGAUGCUUCGCCACGGGUGUCUAGAUGCGCAUGGCUUCCCUGAAACCACGGACCCAGAGCUGCAAGCCACAGACAACCAAGAGAUGCUGCUAGGGCUAGGUAAGAGAGGUUUCACAUGGAUAAACUACGAAUAG